AUGACGCCUGGCGCGAGACCCGCGCUGGGGAGCGUGUGCGUGAAGGAGCUGGCCGACGCGAUGGUUGCUGCCGACGAGGUCGGCCCGCUGUUGGACGACGGCCUGUUCUUUUGCCUCGACCCCGCAGACAGUGACGACGGUCAGUACGAGGAUGCCUACUUCCCCCAUCCCGAUGAUGAGCCGUUCGUCCGUCUGCAUUGCCAGAUGGAGGCGCAUGACGAUGUCGGCAAACCUCCGAUCGCUCUCCGAGGCGUCAGGGCGGUCGGACUCCGCGGUUCACGCUUGCCUUCAUCAUUUGAGAUCGAAAGAUGGGACAUAGGAUCCCUCCUGCUGGAGGUGCUGCGCCGACCGUCCGUGGCGGACAACCUGCGCGAACUCACGCUGGCUAGGUACGCCCUGACGACGUCGAGCUUCGCGGGUCUGGUCCACGCCCUGCGCGCUACCAAGAAGGUGGAGGUGCUGCGCAUCCAGGACAUGGAGCAGGAAGUGCAGGCGUCUUGCGAGGGCGUGCUGGCGCUCGUCGAUGUGGUUGCUGGCAUGGAGGCGAUCCGCAAGCUGACGCUGCCCUUCGCGGUCCAGAGGUCGGGGAAGCUCGCCGCGAUGUUCGACAUGCUCGGUGCUCACACGUCGAUCGCGGAGCUGGAACUGAUCGUCAAGCCAACGCUUCUCACCGAAGCCGACGUCAACGCGCUCGAGCGGAUGCUGUGCACCAACACGACGCUGUCGACUCUGGUCUUGGAGCAGCCGUAUGACACACUUGACGAGAGCGACUCCGAGAUCGACGAUGACGAGGUCGCUGAUGCGCACAUCGGGCAAAUGCUGGGCGACGCCCUGGGCGCCGGGCUCGCGCGGAACAGCACGCUGCAGAAACUGUGCAUCUGCGGUGGCAGCAGUGACGCGCUGACUGCAGACGGCGUCUACGCCCUGAUGGAUGGCCUGCAGCGCAACGCGACGCUGCAGCACCUGUACGUGGACGCAGCACGGCACGCCCCCAGCUUCGCGGACGAAGUCGCGGCAGCCGUGACGCAGGGGAGCGGCCUGCGGGAGACGCACGUGCCUGCUAUUGGCGGGGCAACCUUGUUCCAGGCGCUGUCGUCGAGGUCGUGUUUCGUCGAGCUACGUGUCGGGCAAAGCUAUGCAUAUGGUCAUCCACGGCUCGCGCCCGGAGUGGUGCUCGAGCUCGCCAAGGCCGUCGCAGAUGGAGCGCUGGGGGCCACGCUGGAGGUCCUGGAGCUCGCUGGGGCGCAGGAGACGGCGACGGGGGGGUUUGUGGCGCUGGGAAACGCACUGGAGCACAACCAAGUUUUGCGCACGCUUCGAGUUGAGCGCAGCCCGGUAGACACAGAGGGAGCCGCCGCGCUCGGGCACGCGCUGGCUGCGAACCACACGCUCGAGACGCUCCUCCUCGCCGACUGCCAGAUCUGCGACGAAUGCGCAAGUGCUCUUUCGGCAGGUCUGGCGCGGAAUCAGACCCUCCGGGACCUGCAGUUGAGCGGCAACCGCGUCGGUAGGUCCGGUGCUCUGGCCGUGGCCCGCUCUCUCAGCGCCGCGUCUGCGGUGCGCCGCCUGUCACUUUCCAGUCUGGGCCUAGGGCCCCAAGGCCUCGACAAGCAACUCGACCCUGUUGACGAGUCCGUGGCGGCUGGCUUCGCGGCUGCGUUUGCACUGAGCGGCGCGCUCGAGGACGUCGACAUCGGGCACUGCAAGGUCGGCUCGGCAACCUUGGACGGGCUCCACAAACUAGCCGACGCGGUGAUCGAGGCGGCGAGGCGGCGCUACGUUCCUGGACGGCGCAUGGCGGUCAAGGCGCAGCUCUGGAGGCCAGCGGAGGUCGGGUUCAAUCAUCCGACAGCAGAUCUGAUGCGGCAGGAGGUUCGCCGGCUCCGCGAAAAGGAGUACAAGGUGCCUGGAAUGGGAUGGGAGGGCGAUUCCCGCGCGUUUUUCAAAAACCCGGUGAGGCGCGUCAAGCUUGAUGUUCUAGAAUUCUAG